AUGGGCGGGUACUGUCUAGAGACCGGCUGGUGGUGGAGGAUCGACUUCUCGGCGGACGUCCGCGCGCGUCUCCGCAACCGCGUUUGCAAGAGAGACGAUCUGUCGAUGAAUGUGUUUGAGCUAUUGGGCAUGGUUAUGACGGCGUGGGCGCUGACCGUACACGCCGGCGAUCGCCCGGAGUACCCCGGGCAGAGUGUUUUGAUGAGGGGGGACAACAUGAGUGCUGUCCACUGGGUGAACAAGUGCCGGGGGGCUAAGGAACCUAGAUCGGGGGCGUUGAUGCGAAUGAUGGGGUGCUUGGAGAUGCGAAAUGAGUGGCGAUUCAGGGCCAAGCACAUUAAGGGCUUGGCCAACACACUCGCUAACGGCAUUUCAAGAUGGAAGCACGAUGAAAUAACCGCUAAAUUGCGCUCGUACCGGCCCGACAUCUGUUGGCAGGAGCAGCAUCUGGGGCAGGAAGCGUUGGACCUCACAUCCGCGGUAUUGGACUCAAGCUCAUCGGACGAUCAGUUGCAGAGUCGUCUCAACGCAGUUACGCGUCAGGUCGAGAUUGACACAUCGUCACCGUUGAUAAAAUGUGCACUCCGAGGAGUAGCGAGGUCUCACGUUGAUCUCGGGAGGCGUCGUCGCGUCCGCCUCCCAGUGACGUGGAGUAUGCUGAGGGAUAGCGAAGGCAUCAUACCAUCGUGGGGAUUAGCGGGGCGAGUCACGUGGCUGUGUCUGAGCUUGAGCUAUUUUUUUAUCACCAGGUCCGAUGAGAUGUUUGCGAAUAGUUCGGGGGUAGUACACCCGGUACACUGCCUCACACGCAGAGACGUGGCGUUCUUUCGGGGAAGUCGCCAACUAGAGUACAUGCACUGGCAGCAGGCAGAUCGAGUAGAGAUCCGUUUCAGAGGUCACAAGGGGGACCAGGGCCAGAUAGGCGACGUGAGGGCGCGUACGCGAGAUGAAGUCCACGGUCCGCGAUCGGGGUACAGAGCGAACGGCGGCGCCGUCGCUCUGAUGGUGGCGUCGUUGUCGUGUCAUGCGACGUUGCCCGAUAGCGCCCCGUUGUCAUCAUACCGUAGUGGCCAGGAAGUUAAGGUGCUGAAGUACGACCAAGCUCUUCGAGCGUUGCGAGAGAUCGUGGAGAGAUCGGGCCGAAACCCGAAAGACUUUGCAUUGCAUUCGCUCCGGAUUGGAGGAGCAUCCACCCUUGCAGCCGGGGGAGCAGUAUCGGAGAGAGUAAUCCAGAGGGAAGGAAGAUGGAAGUCAGACGCAUACAAGGUGUACACAGUCAACAAUAGCGAGGAUUCGCAACGAGUAUCGCGUACAUUAGGCGAUAAGGACAAAGGAGUCGCGAGGCAGCCGGGGGAAAACACGAUGUGGGGUGGCCAGAAGAGAAGAAGAAUCUCGCACAAGUAGGAGUCAUGAUGACCGCGUGUUUGGCGAAGGAAAUAGUAGUGAACCAUUUGGGACUUGGUCAUUUUAGCCUACUACGUGCAGUAAGAUUAGUUCCCCCAUCACCGGGGAAAGAUCCCCGGGGGUUGCCUGGAGGGAAGAGAGAGCGGUAUGACAGGAGCGUGCAAGACAUGAGGCUCUGCCAGCCCGGUCUCUCUCUUCCCUCCGGAGGGUUUGCUUUGAGAAAAAUAAUAAUAUAACGGCAAUUCGAAAGAAAAACAAUAGACUAAACAUACAUACAUACAUACAUACAUACAUACAUACAUACAUACAUACAUACAUACAUACAUACAUACAUACAUACAUACAUUGAUGGCCAAUUGGUCAGCGGGUGUGCGCUGAAGACAUGGCCGUGCUGUAACGGUCCCAAGCAUGAGUCCAUGUCCACAGCUUGAAAGAAGUUCGGGACGAUCCACAUGAUGAUCCGGCGACGGCGGGUAAAUGUGUCUCCGCGUUCAUCCGCGAUCCGGGCGAUGCGGUGCCAACAGUUGUGCCGUGCCAAUGAAUGGUGUGUUCGAUGUUACACAGUACGACGGCGUGCGGCGAUCACCCGACCAGGCUGUAGUGGUGUGCCCGAGCAUCAGCAUAAGCACGGCCAAACGGUCUUCUGUUUUGCAGUACAUGCCUUGGAAUGCUAAUAACAUGCACGUCCGCCUGCGCCACGGUCCGCUGGUCUGCUGUGUAAUGAAACGUUUACCCGUCGGAUCCAUCCGUGGAUCCGUCCACCCAUCCACUUCUUCUUCUGUUGUUGCUGGGAGCAUGUUGUUUGAGAUCGCCACCACACUGGCAUGUCUUCAGGGCACACUCGCUGGCUAACUGACCACACACCACACACCACACACGUACACGCACAUUUGUAGUUUGGCCUUGCUUGCCGUGAGGCGGAGACCAUGGUGGUGCACGGUGGAAUGAAAAUUCCCCGGAUCGCGGAUGAACGCGGAUGAACAUUUACCCGUCGUCGUCAGAUCAUGCAUAACUUCGUUCAUGCUGUCGACGUAGACUAGAGACUACAGACUACUUGCUUGGGACCUGAGACCGUUACAAGAAUCGCGCAUGAACGCGACUGAACAUGUGAAGGUGUGCAGCGCAACCACUAGUCAGUCUUUGUAUGCUACAAGUCAGCUACAAGUCAGCGCUGACUUGUAGCAUAGUGGAUAUACUGUACGUCUUAAAAGAACAUUUACCCGUCGUCGUCGGAUCAUUCCGAACUUAGUUUAUGCUGUCGACAUUGACCGUUACAAGCACAUGCAUGCUAAUUGGCAUGAACGCGUGUCCUCCGGCGAGGUCGAUAUCGGAUACGGUAUUGUCACGGUUCCGUUAUGGUGGUUGGUGCUUCUAGAACAUGUUAGUAUACCCAUGUAUGUAUGUGUGUUGAAGAUGAUGGUAUCACUUGUAUUUAGGACAGCAGACACGAUCAGGACGCGGCGGGAGAGAGAGAGUGCCGCGACACAGCAAGCACUCCCGCAGGUCAGAGCCCCGUGGAUCAACCAUGAAACCAACCCAGAGGGGACUAUCAAUUCCUAUCUGCGUAGUCACUUCCUACAGUCCCGUUGGAAUAUUCUCAUCUGCUCAUGCACACACGACACCCUCCCUGGUUCUUCACGCUACAGUCGAGGGACCUUUAUAGUGCCGGUAUGUGUCGAGAGAUUUAACCGGGACUAAACCGGGCACCCGGCACUAUUGCGAAUAAUGCCAAGACGGCACUAUUGAGGGCUAGCCAAUCCCUCAUUAGUGCCGGUCUGUAGUGUAAUGAGAACGUGUUCAAUUAUGGUGUAGCGCUCACGCUUGCUUGCGGGGCCAAGUCAGUACUGUAGUAGUACGAAAUGGAUCGACACUGCUGUUAUGUGAAGUUCUAGUGUAGGCCUGGGCAGACUUUCUUUCCCGUGACACGUACGUGCGGUUUCACCCUGUCGAGCCCACGAAAGUUCUACAAAAUGAGAUCGUUGCAUUUCGGGCUACAGUAGUAGUGCCUCACCAAGACUAGUCGACGGCGAAAGGGAAACACACAUCAUGCACCCGAGUAGGCUGUGACCGGC